CGUAUAACAUAUCGCAUAUUCGUUUUUCUUCAAUUAUUUUUCGUAUUUUUGCUUCAUCAUACAUUUGAAAAUUAUUUCAGAAGCAAUAGAAACUUGAAAUUGACUAAAAAAAACCCUCAAACAGCUCAGCUGAUUCAUCGACAGUUUGAAGCCCUAGGGAGAUCUGAAUAUAUAAUUAAGAAUUGGCGCCCGCAUUCUUGUUCACGUUUGAAGGUCUACAGGUCCAAUAUUUAAUAACAUUAUUUGCAAACCCGUGAUUCUUUUCUUGUCCAAAAGCAAUCCCACUUAAAAGUAAUCUUUCAAGUGUAUUUUCCCUUCAAGUCAUACCAGCUCAUAUGUAAAAUAAGUACAUUCAAUGGAAAUGGAAGACGAAAAUGCACAAGUGUGAAAAAAGAUUUGCAAGAGUUGAGACUAUUAAGAGAGCUGAGAGCGCACAAGGACGGAGAUGGCGACUUGGAUUCGAGUCGUUGUGCUGGUGAUGGCUUGCCUGCUUCCAGCCUCAGCGGAGUGCGUGGUUCGACAAUACAAUUUCGAUGUGGUGAUGAAGAAUACUACUAAAUUAUGUUCUACUAAACCUAUUGUCACCAUCAAUGGAAAGUUCCCAGGCCCUACCAUCAUUGCUAGAGAAGACGAUAUAUUGCUUAUAAGGGUCAACAAUCGUGUCAAUUACAAUGUUACAAUCCACUGGCAUGGAGUUAAACAAUUUCGUACUGGUUGGGCUGAUGGUACUGCAUACAUAACCCAGUGUCCGAUUCAACCUGGCGAAUCUUAUGUGCAUAAUUUUACACUCACCGGCCAAAGGGGUACACUUUUCUAUCAUGCUCACAUUUUUUGGCUUAGAGCGACUCUCCAUGGCGCUAUAGUCAUCUUACCCAAAGGCGGCGUUCCUUAUCCCUUCCCUAAGCCGCGCGAGGAAAAAGUCAUUGUAUUAGCUGAAUGGUGGAAAUCAGAUGUUGAAGCGGUCAUCAAUGAAGCUCUCCAAACUGGUCUUACUCCCAAUAGGUCUGAUACUCAGACCAUCAACGGCUAUGCAGAGCCUACCUCAAGUUGCCCUUCAGAGAGAGGAUAUACAUUACAAGUAGAACCCGGGAGGACAUACAUGCUAAGAGUCAUCAAUGCUGCACUGAAUGAAUUCUUAUACUUUAAGAUUGCUGGUCAUGAUUUCACCGUGGUUGAAGUUGAUGCUUCAUAUACUAAGCCCUACAAAACUGAUACAGUUCUCAUAGCUUCUGGCCAAACCACAAAUCUUCUUUUAACAACAAAUCUUGGAACCGGCAAGUUCAUGAUCUCUGCCUCUCCUUUCAAGAACAAAAAAAUCGCCACUGGCACGUUACACUAUAUUGGUACUCCUAAUGAUACAGCCACCAUUGUUCUCACCCCAAUUUGGCCCUCUGAAAACACCUCUACUCCACUUGUCGACAACAUUACUGAUGCCUUAAGAAGUCUAAAUUCAAAAGAAUAUCCUGUUACAGUCCCUUUGAAGAUUGAUCAUUCUCUCUUUUUCACCAUUGGCCUUGGAACAAUGCCAUGUCCAACUUGCACUAUUGGCAAUCGUGCUGUCGCUCACAUUAAUAAUAUCACUUUUGAUUCACCAACUAUCUCGCUCCUUCAAGCCCAUUACUUCAACAUAAAAGGAGUUUACACAGACGACUUCCCUGCCAACCCACCAAAUCAAUUCGACUAUACAGGCACACAACCAGCAAACCCUCAAACUAUGCAUGGGACAAGAGUUUAUCGUCUCCCUUACAACUCAACUGUUCAAUUAGUCUUACAAGACACGAUAAGGCUUGCCCUGGAAAGCCACCCAAUGCACUUGCAUGGCUUCAGUUUUUACGCAGUUGGAAGCGGGUUAGGGAAUUUCAAUCCUAUAAAAGACCCAAAGAAAUUCAAUCUUGUUGAUCCUGUGGAGAGAAACACCAUUAGUGUCCCUGCCGGCGGAUGGCUUGCUAUCAGAUUUAGGGCAGAUAAUCCAGGGGUUUGGUUCAUGCAUUGCCAUAUUGAGGUGCACACAACAUGGGGGAUGGAGAUGGCAUUUGUAGUGGAUAAUGGGAACGGCCCCAAUGAAUCGGUUUUGCCACCUCCCCAUGACCUUCCGAAGUGUUAGGCCCAAGACUCCGCUCAUCUUACAAUCACACGCAGAAGUAUUUUAGGUAAGCGAUGGAGAAAGAGCCCACUAAAGAAAAUGGGUGAAAAUUCAAAGAAAAUUUUAUAAUAUUUCCUCAUUUGUUGGUUUAGUUUUUACAUCACAAGGUCAAUAAGAUUCGUAAAACACUUCGUCAUGUUACAAGACUUUUAAUCAAUCAAAAGAAAUUGAUUUCAAA